CAUAUGCACUCGAUUAGCUUUGACUUGAGCUUUGAGAAAUAGAUCAAUCCUGACCCUCAAUUCGGGGUUUUGAUUUUAUUUUUUUCUCUCCAAAAAUCAUACUAAAAUGGACUGUCUAGCRUCGUUUACAAAUGAUCCCUUUGACAAGCCGCCCUGCAGAGGAUGCUCUUCGUAUCUAACUGAGCCUUACAUCAAGUGUGCAGAAUGUGGACCAGCUCCGUUUCUGCUCUGCCUCCAGUGUUUCACCAGGGGAUUUGAGUACAAAAAACAUCAGAGUGAUCACAAAUAUGAAAUCAUGACGUCGGACUUCCCGGUUCUGGAGCCAGGCUGGACGGCGCAGGAGGAGAUGGCGCUGCUGGAGGCGGUCAUGGACUGCGGCUUUGGGAACUGGCAGGACGUAGCAUAUCAGAUGCGCACUAAAACCAAAGAAGAAUGCGAGAGCCACUACAUGAAGAAUUUCAUCAAUAACCCGCUCUUCUCCUCCACCUUGCUCAGCCUGCGGAAAGCAAAAGACUCUUGCUAUGCAGACGGAGCCAUUCCUUUCAAACCGUCUGAUGACCCCCCCCGGCCGACCUUUGACUCGGUUCUGUCUCGGGACAUGGCAGGGUACAUGCCAGCCAGGGCGGACUUCAUGGAGGAGUUUGACAACUACGCAGAAUGGGAUCUGAAAGACAUCGACUUUGUGGACGAUGACUCGGAUAUACUGCACGCUCUCAAGCUCGCAGUCGUCGAUAUAUAUCACUCGAGAUUAAAAGAGAGACAAAGAAGAAAGAAGAUCAUUCGAGACCACGGUUUGAUCAACCUGCGCAAAUUCCAGAUGUUGGAGCGAUGUUACCCGAAAGAGGUGCAGGAGCUGUAUGAGGUCAUGAGGCGGUUCGCCAGAGUGGUCGGACCGACUGAACACGACAAAUUCAUCGAAAGUCACGCACUUGAGUUCGAGCUGAGGAGAGAGAUCCGCAGGCUGCAGGAAUACAGGAAGGCAGGAAUCAAGUCCUUCUGCAGUGCCAAGGUGUACGAGCGAGUGAAGAGGAUGCGUGAGGACGAGCGGAGGAAGAGGACCAUGCUGAAUGACGUUCUGCAGUACAUCCAGGACGGCAGAGCGUGUCAGCAGUGGCUCAGCAAGCAGGCAGCCAUAGAUGCUGGCGUCACUCCAGCCGUCACAACAAUCACGGUGUCAGCAACAGGCAGGCGGAGCGCGCCUCCUCUCAACCUGACCGGACUUCCAGGGACAGAGAAGCUCGACGAGCGUGAGAAGGAGCUGUGCCAGGUGGUGCGGCUGGUGCCGGGGGCCUACCUGGAGUACAAACARGCUUUACUCAACGAGUGCAGGCGGCAGGGCGGGCUGCGGCUGGCGCAGGCCCGAGCGCUGAUCAAGAUCGACGUCAACAAGACUCGCAAAAUCUACGACUUCCUCAUCAAAGAGGGAUACAUCACCAAGGCAUAGGAGUGCAAAGGAUGCUGGACUGUGGUCAGAGGUUCAUUCUGCUGUAAUCCUCUUCAGACUGACAGUGUUUUUAAAAGUGUUUUUAUUUUCCAGUGUUAUCAUGUCGURGUUGUCAGUUUUUACACAUAAUAAAAUGUCGUGUUUGYGUU